AUGACGUUAAAAAUUCAGGCGGAACCAUUUGAAGAUGGGUAUGCAAAUGGUGAAGAAGGCACACCAGCUGGGGAUGCAGCUGCCACUUAUGCACCUGAUAGCAAAGGGGUGGUCAAGUUUGGCUGGAUAAAAGGUGUAUUGGUACGAUGUAUGUUAAAUAUUUGGGGUGUGAUGCUCUUCAUCAGACUAUCAUGGAUUGUAGGACAAGCUGGGAUAGGUCUGUCUGUCUUGGUUAUUGGAAUGGCCACUGUUGUGACAACUAUUACAGGACUAUCUACUUCAGCAAUAGCCACAAAUGGGUUUGUAAGAGGAGGAGGAGCAUAUUACUUAAUUUCCAGAAGUCUGGGGCCAGAGUUUGGUGGUGCCAUAGGUCUGAUUUUUGCAUUUGCCAAUGCUGUUGCAGUAGCAAUGUAUGUUGUUGGCUUUGCAGAGACAGUUGUGGAGCUACUUAAGGAAAAUGGAACAUUGAUGGUUGAUGAAAUGAAUGAUAUCAGAAUCAUAGGGGCUAUAACAGUGGUUAUAUUGCUGGGUAUUUCUGUUGCUGGAAUGGAAUGGGAAGCAAAAGCACAGAUAGUCUUACUGGUGAUCCUCAUACUUGCUAUUGGAGACUUCGUCAUAGGAACAUUUAUUCCUUUGGAUAGCAAGAAGCCGAAAGGUUUCUUUGGUUAUAAAGCUGAAAUAUUUAUGGAGAAUUUUGGACCAGAUUUCCGACAGGAGGAAACUUUCUUUUCUGUAUUUGCUAUUUUCUUCCCGGCUGCAACUGGCAUACUUGCUGGUGCAAAUAUCUCAGGUGAUCUUGCGGAUCCUCAGUCAGCCAUACCUAAAGGAACGCUGUUGGCCAUCUUAAUUACUACAUUGGUUUACGUAGGAAUUGCAGUAUCUGUAGGUUCCUGUGUUGUUCGAGAUGCCACAGGGAACGUUAAUAAUACCAUUGUCACUGAGCUGACAAACUGCACUACUGCAGCUUGCAAAUUAAACUACGAUUUCUCAUCUUGUCAGACCGGGUGUCAGUAUGGGCUGAUGAACAAUUUCCAGGUGAUGAGCAUGGUGUCGGGAUUUGCUCCACUGAUAUCUGCAGGCAUUUUUUCAGCCACCCUGUCUUCUGCAUUAGCAUCUCUUGUGAGUGCACCUAAGAUCUUCCAGGCUUUGUGCAAGGACAACAUUUAUCCAGGAUUUCAGAUGUUUGCUAAAGGCUAUGGGAAGAACAAUGAACCACUGAGAGGAUAUCUUCUAACAUUUUUAAUUGCUCUUGGGUUCAUACUAAUUGCUGAACUGAACGUCAUUGCUCCAAUUAUUUCAAACUUCUUCUUGGCCUCAUAUGCCUUGAUUAACUUCUCUGUAUUCCAUGCUUCUCUUGCAAAAUCUCCAGGUUGGCGCCCUGCUUUCAAGUACUACAAUAUGUGGAUUUCUCUUGUUGGAGCUAUUCUGUGUUGCAUUGUGAUGUUUGUCAUUAAUUGGUGGGCAGCACUUCUAACAUAUGUCAUAGUGCUUGGACUCUACAUUUAUGUCACUUACAAGAAACCGGAUGUGAACUGGGGAUCCUCAACGCAAGCUUUGACUUACUUGAAUGCACUACAGCAUUCUAUUCGGCUCUCGGGAGUGGAAGAUCACGUGAAAAACUUUAGACCUCAGUGCUUAAUUAUGACCGGUGCUCCAAAUGCGCGCCCAGCUUUGCUUCACCUUGUCCAUGCUUUCACCAAAAACGUGGGCUUGAUGAUCUGUGGCCACGUACAUAUGGGUCCUCGGAGGCAAGCUAUGAAGGAGCUGUCAACUGAUUUGGCUAAGUAUCAGCGGUGGCUAAUCAAAAACAAGAUGAAGGCUUUCUAUGCACCAGUACAUGCAGAGGACUUGAGGGAUGGAGGGCAAUACUUAAUGCAGGCUGCUGGUCUGGGUAGGAUGAGACCUAACACUCUUGUUGUUGGAUUUAAGAAAAACUGGAGACAAAGUGACAUGAGGGAUGUUGAAACCUAUAUCAAUUUAUUCCAUGAUGCCUUUGAUGUUCAGUAUGGUGUAGUUGUCAUCCGCCUAAAGGAAGGCCUGGACAUUUCUCACCUUCAGGGCCAAGAAGAGUUACUGUCAUCCCAAGAAAAAUCUCCAUGUACCAAGGAUGUUAUAGUAAAAGUGGAUUAUAGCAAGAAGGCAGAGACAGACACUUCUUUAGCUUUUGCUCCAUCAUCUAGUGAAAGAACUCCUGCUCUACACAGAGAGGAGGACGAGGAUGGAAAGACUCCAACACAACCACUGUUGAAAAAAGAUUCAAAGAGCCCAUCUUCUCCUUUAAACUUGGCUGACCAAAGACUUCUUGAUGCUAGUACUCAGUUUCAGAAGAAACAAGGCAAAAGCAAUAUUGAUGUUUGGUGGCUCUUUGAUGAUGGAGGUUUGACACUGUUGAUUCCAUAUCUUAUUACAACCAAGAAGAAGUGGAAAGAUUGUAAGAUCAGAGUGUUCAUUGGUGGAAAAAUAAACAGGAUUGAUCAUGACAGAAGAGCGAUGGCUACUUUGCUCAGCAAAUUUCGGAUAGACUUCUCGGAUAUUAUGGUUCUUGGAGAUAUUAAUACUAAGCCAAAGAAAGAAAAUAUUGCAGCUUUUGAGGAAAUGAUAGAGCCCUUCCGACUUCAUGAAGAUGAUAAAGAACAAGAAGUUGCAGAUAAAAUGAAGGAGGAUGAACCAUGGAGGAUAACAGAUAAUGAACUUGAGCUUUACAAAACAAAGACUUAUCGCCAGAUUAGGCUAAAUGAGUUGCUGAAAGAACAUUCAAGUACAGCUAACACAAUUGUCAUGAGUUUGCCAGUUGCACGAAAAGGUGCGGUUUCUAGUGCACUGUACAUGGCCUGGUUAGAAGCUCUUUCUAAAGAUCUGCCACCAAUUCUCCUCGUUCGUGGGAAUCAUCAGAGCGUUCUUACCUUCUAUUCCUAAGAGUACUGCACAUGGGACAGCUAUGGUGAAAUGGUACUUCAGUGCCCAGGGGAGAGUGACGGACAUGGUCUACGGUUUGUUAACAUCACAAAGGCAGAAAGUGACUCUCACUAUUUCACUGACUUGAAAGCACACAAGGAAAGUCACUGUAUUUCUAAAGUUGUGACAUCUUCAGUUUUAUUCUAUAUUUUCUGUAAUUUAAUCUUGCUUAAUGGGGGGGAGGAUUCCUUGUUAGACUGAAGAACAAGACAAGCUUUUUGUUUGCUAUUUGAAUAGCAGCAAUAAAAUGUUUUAUUUUUGAUCAAUGAAAGGAUUAUAGAUUUAUAAAAGCCUUUUAGCCUUGAGGUGCCUUCUGAAAUUAACCAAAUCUCAUCCAUACAUCUUAUUUUGUAAAUUUAUAUAGAAUGUCAAAAUCUGCCUUCAACUAAGAGUUUAGAUCGGACUUCCUUUAGUUUCUAGUCUCUUCCAUAUUACAGUAAAAAUGAAUGCUGCUUUUCA